UACACUGGAGUGUCUCGUGGCUGCCGGCGAUGCAGCGAGACCGACCGCACGAGAGCGAGCCUCCCCCCCGCUCUUACUCCAGAAGAAAACGGCUAACGGGAUUUUACGUGACCGGGAAAGAAACAAAUACGAAUUGAUUUAAAGACAGAGACUACCCCGCGUCCUCCGAGUCCUGUGUGGAAGAGUUUUUGGGGGAUAAAAGAGGUUUGGGGGACACAAAGUUACCACAAAAAACCUCGCAAAAAACUGAUGCUAAAAAAAAGGACACAUUUGUCCUGCCAGUGUCCCAUCUACCAUUCCUCAUCUUCACCGAAAGAAAAUGAAUCACUUGGUGGCAAUGCAGAUGUCAGUCACACUCAGUUAAAUGUUAGUACUACUUGAGCAGAUAUUGCUCGGCUGGCCGAAGAGGAAAAAGAAGAAAGGGGGUGUUCGAGGUGCCAGAAGAUGUCUCUCUGGAUGAUCCUACCUGUUAGCCUCCCAGCUCUGACCAUCACUGGGAUAUGGGUUGUGUACGCCAUGGCCCUGUACAACCAGCAUGUCUGCCCUGUGGAUAACUGGUUAUACAACCAGUCAUGUGAAGAGGAGCUGUAUUUGCAGAGUGGUCCAACGUUGUGCUGCACAUUAGACAAUGUACCUCUCAUCAGUAAAUGUGGGACUCUUCCCCCUGAGAGCUGCUUCUUCAGCCUUAUCUGCAGCACAGGCUCAUUCAUGGUUAUGGUGAUUGUGCUGCUCCGCUAUGCCCACGUCAUUGAGAAGCACCAAAACUGUGUUCUCAACACUGCAAGUCUUUCCACAGGCUGGAUCUGUGCUGCUGGACUCAUCAUGGUGGGCAACUUCCAGGUGGAUAAUGCCAAAGUUCUCCACUAUGUCGGAGCAGGCAUUGCCUUCCCCACCAGUAUGCUGUUUGUGUGCCUGCAGUCGGCUCUGACUUACCGGUUGGCCAAGACCCAGGGGGAAUACAACGUGGCCCACCUCCGGCUCUGCAUGACCCUGCUGGCCUUCGUAGCCUUGGUGCUCAGUGGUGUGUUUUUCUGUCAGGAGAGCUUCGUCCUGCAACAUGCGUCAGCCAUCUUCGAAUGGGUGUUCUGCGUCAUCAUCAUGCUGUUCUACGGGACAUUUGCCUUCGAGUUUGCCGGCAUGUCAGGAGACACCAUGGUGGUGCUGGCCAGAGGAGGAUCACUGGGACCUGCUGGGAGAGAACACAAGGUGGACGCACUGGGAGGUCCCAGUCCACACUCACAGCCACAUCCACACCAACCUGAAAACCUGUCCAUAUUGUAGCCUGCUGGCACAUCUAGAGGCCACACAGUUGGCUCGUAUAAUCCUCUCAAACUCUGGUUAUCGAAUGAGUUUAAUUAUUCAUUUCCAGCCACACUUGUCUGAAGCUUUGAAAUGAACCAGGCCAGUGCAGCAGCUGUUCAAGGCAGAGUGGAUGCUACUAUUUCGACCCCAGGGGGUGUAGAUCUUCUGCCACAGCGGAGAGCUCAGCUUGUAUUGUACUUACAUCAAAGCUUUGCGUCUCUAAAGAACUUUGUUUGCAUUUUGCACAUUGCACAAGUGUGAAACCAAAUUUUCUACCCACUCAGUCCUGCCUACACUGACUAGCUGAGGAGUGUUUUGUCAAUCAGAUCAAGAAAAUGUACCGAUCCCCUUAUCAGCUGAGAUCCUGUAACCUGUCUCAGUGAGUGGCCUUGGAGCAUUUCUUCUUCAGGUGACGCUUUCAUUGUAUGAGUGAGCUUGUGGUAAAGGAGUGAAGGCUGCUGGACAGCCAAGCUGACAGUAUUAGAGACAAAGAAAAACAGAGAGAGAAGAUGUAUGAGUGUUACAGUGGGAGCAAGGUCAGACCUGAGGCUUGUUUAACCACAAGAGAAUAGACAAAUGCAAGUCUGUUACAUAGGAGAGUAUAAAAAUGUUUUAGACUAUCCCAGAGAUGGAACAGGGCAGCGGCUACACUUUGCAAUGAUUUAAACCUGCAUCAAGCAAUAUUUUUGAUAUAAACAAAGCAAAUAACUACUCUUCAGAGAUUUUAGCAGCUUUUAGCUGAUUGGUUUAGUCAUUUAGUUUGCAAAUAGCUUCUAGCAAACUCAUUGCUCAAGCUGACUGUAUGCUACCGUCCAGCCAAAGUUACAGAGUGGACCGUAAAGAAAGUCGACCAUCUAGCCAGCUGAAGACCCAAAUAUUUUUCUCAGGAGUUGGUAGACCAAACCCAAGCUAAAAAGAAAGUGAAUCUUAAGAUGAUAAUGAUGUUUAAGUAAGCAGACAAAGCAACUUGUGUUUUCCGUCACUGUUUUGUGGUCAAAAAUCCCUUAAUGCAGCUUUAAAAUAUGCACCAUCAACAACUUUAUGUUUGAACAGCUCGUUUCCUUCCACAUAUGCAAGCAAACACUAUUUUUAAAGUAUCCAUUCAUGUACCUGUGGGACCCACACAGAGUACAUAAUUUCAUGUCUGGAUGCUUCACUUAAUGUGCCGUAUCAUUAUUAAAACAUAAAGUAGACACUAUGCCUAAUGCAUUGAAAACCUUAUGCUGAUAGUCUGAAAAAAACAUCUCCUAAAUACACUAUAUACUACACUAUAUCGACCUUAAACCUCAAACUGUUUUUUUUUUCAUCUUCCUCUCUGCCAAAGAAUAUGAAAGAGAGAUGACACAGUGUCCAGAGGCCAAAUGCGUACCAGCUAAUUCAAGCCAGAGCACUGAGCUUAUUGAGUUUAGUGACGAGGCAUCACGUGUUUUCAGGUCCUAUGGACGGAGCUCUGCAUCUCAUUAUACCCCAGCAAGGAGUCUCUUAUUGCUUCAUCUACUAUCUUUUUCUCUGAAUCUCACAACUUUCCAUAGUUAGAGUUUUUCAGCAUGUCUUACUGUUUAAGCAGGACAAAGGGAAAAGGAAGCAUGUGCAAUGCAAGCAAUAACUGAGAUGCACUGUCUUUCCUCCAUGUUACUGUAAAGUAUGUGCCAAAUAUCAGAUUGCCUGCGGCAUUGGUGCUAAAACACAAAUGGCCUUAUCGUGCCCUGCCCUUAUCCUGUGAGUGCAAAGAAAACCAGAGUAGAUAUUUACAUAUAGAUUCAAAAUUAAAAAUAUACUCCUUGUUAAUACCUACACUGCCAGUCAAAGGUUUUAGAACAAGUCCAUUUUUCCAACUUUUAUUAAAAUUUACAUCAUUUAAUGUCUCAAUGUACACAGAAAUUAAAGAGACAUUAAAAAAAAAAUAUUUUUUAACUCAUCAAAGUAUCCACCUUUAGCAGAUAUAACAGCCGAACACAUUUAUUAAAUAUAAAUAUUGCUUGGAAAGUUGGGGAAGCUCUAAAACUUUUGACCGGUCGUGUACACCGACUUGAUAUUUUGAUAUGUGAGGAUUGAUUGUCAGUAUGGUGUAGCCGGUUUAGCCUCAUGGUUGGGUAUUUAUUUUUCUUUCAGUGUCCCUCUUUUCAAAUGUUGAUUGUAUUCAUUUACUUUCUCUGACGUUCUGUGCUGUGUUGUAAUACGGAGUUGUGCCAGAAUCACUGUUUAUAUUUUUAGGAGAUCUGUAACCUCUCAGUGUAAUAUUAACAUACUCUGAGCUCUCUGGUCUAAAAAACCAGAGCAAGCGGAGGGUUUACAACUGAAAAUAUCACUUCCUCAUACCGCAACUGGCCACAUGUUGAGCAGAGGUUUUUUUGUAAGUGCCAGUAUUUUGGGUGGUUUAGUUGCUCAACAGGCCUUUUUUUUUUCAAACACAGUUUUUACAAUCUGUUGCAGAAGGACUGAAAUGUAGUUUUUCACUCUCAGACUGAAUGUAUAAUUACACUCAACAAGACUGAACUGGAAAAGCUUGUGCAUGCUGCUCUGUGGAAUGAGCUGGAGGCUUGAACCAGCCACACCACUGAUCGCUUACUUCUCUCUACUGGUCAAACUGCUUACUGCAUAUGAAUUUUUUUUGCUGGAAUCUAAUGUUAUAAUUCAGUAUAGCAGGUCAGCUCUUGUUCUCAACUUAUAAAAAAAAAUGUUAUAUCUGCUGCCAAGUAGUCAGCUACAGGUUUUAGGCUCAAUUUGUUUUUGUUUUAUUUUCAAAUUUAGAUGGAUGCCCUCUACUAAGAAGGUGGAGCUACUGUAGUGACCAGUAAAGAAGAUCAGUUGAACUCCAGCCUUUGCUUCAUGUAAAACUUAACCUCUUGGACUGUUCACUAUUUUUACAGUAUGCAUUGUUCUAACAAAUCACAGUUCAGAUACGUUCUGAGAUGCAUUUUUAAAUGUUAAACCAAAUUUUGGUGCUGCUCAUGUUGAGACACAAUUUUGCCAUUACACAUUUACUAAAAGUGUUUAAUUUCACAUAAUGGAUUAUGCAGGUUAGGAAUCUAUGCGUAACAUCGCAGAUUCCUGUCGUGCCAUCAGAACACUACAAAAAAAAUGAUUUUAAGUAUUUGUGUUUCUUUUGAGAAACUUGCCUUCAAACCUGCCUGCCUAGCCUCCUCCUCAAUUUAUUUCUACUUUCUGUCCUUUUUUUUUUUUUUCUCGUUUACUGAUCUGUCUGUGAUCUUUGCACUCAGGAAAAUGUUACAACACCAGCUGCAUUGUUUAAUUCAAAGCAGAAUGAACUGUUUGCUUUUGCCCUCUGUCAUCUUUGUUUCGAUGGAAUUCGUUUCUUGUUGAGGAUUCGUCGUGUAUAUUUGUUUUUGUGUAGUAUAGAUGCAACUGCUUUUUUUUUUUUUUACAGUUGUAGGAUGUGUUGAUGGUUAGUCAUAUUAUAAUAGAUUAUUUUUGUUAAUCAAGACUAUGUAAAGCUUAAAAAUAAACAUUCCUGUAUAGUUAGCUUGUGAGAAUGCUUCUGCUCCUCACACACACACACGUGGUUAAAUAUCUGCAAAGCAAAACAAGCUUCCUCAAUCAGUCAGUAGAUAAUUGGUGAGAGCAUUCUGACAAACUAACUAGCGCCUGUAAACCUCACAGAAAUUUGUUGCGUGUACUCUCAGUUGAAAUGCAAAAUGCUCCCCAUGUGCCUUAUGUAUUAUUUUGAUAAUGAAAACCAAAGAGGUUUAGGUUGUAAAUUCUAUUUUGAUGAAAAGUCAUAUGAUUGUAUAUAUAUGCCUUAAUGUUCAACAAAUAAAAAAUGUUAAAAAAGCAAA